CCACUGAAAUAACGUGAGACUGAGCUUGGUACUAAUCUUCUCGUGAAGUCUCACAGGUUUUAUAAUCUACGUUACUGUACUUGUCAUUUCAAAACUUAUGAUAUGGCGGCUGUUGUUAAGGACUUCGUCGCGGAUCAUUCAAGGUUCCACAAUAUGAUAGCAUCAUCAGGACUACAGCACGAGCAUUCUCACGCCCGUGAUUCUUACCGAUCUGAAUACAACGCUCGGCCGCGUGAGGCGCAGUCACACAAGACUCGGUCGCCACCCCCUCCAGCUUACUCCCGAUCUUCAACGUCCAGCGCAACACCAUCAAAGCGACCUUGGGACUCGACAACUGAAGCCAGCGCCCAGCAAAGCCAGGUACCACCUAGCGACGGAAGCUCACGGUUUCCUUCCCCACCCGACUCUUCAUCGUCAAAUCCUCCUUCUGGACGUGAAGCAGCUCAGGACUCUGACACAUUUGCCAACUAUAUGGCAACUAAUGUACACCAUGCUGCGCCGGGCGUCGCUUCAUCUACCAUGCAAACACAUCAACAACCAUCUCCCGAAUCCAACACUUCGAGUUCUCCCACUGCAACGUCUCCAGCGUACAAUGCCUCUGCGCCCCAGCAAGGUCACACAAUAGUUGUUCGCGACCUAGCUCAUAUACAGAGUCUCGCGAGAGCAGACCUUAUGAAUGGCGGCAAUGGCCCUGGUAUUUUGAAUGACCCACCCCUUCAAGCUAUGAAGUAUGAGAUCAGCGGUAUGCCUAUUGGAGACAUUAUAGAAAUGGUUGCCGCACUUUUAACUAAAAUUACGACGACCAACGACCUACAACAUGACGCAUUGCAUAGAAACGCGACACACCAACAGACCGCCGCGAAUCAUAAUAACGAUGGAUCUCUGAUGAGUCCUCUUAGCAGCUCCGUAUUGGCUUUCCACGGCAAGAAUGUUCCUGCAAUCACGAUUUUGAGCUAUUUGAGCAGAAUUCAUAAAUAUUGUCCUACGACUUAUGAAGUCUUUUUAAGUUUGCUCGUCUAUUUUGACCGAAUGACGGAGAGAGUGAAUAACCUGGUGAUGGAAGCAGAGGAAUCGAGACGACAAAGUCAAAAGCAACAAAAGCAACAACCUCAAGCUUCUACGGCCGCCUCUCCUAGGAAUUCGGAUACCGAAAUGAGGGAUACUGUUAGUGAUAGGAUAGACCAGGAUCUCGUGGAUGAUGAUCAUGACGAAAAGGAGGGUGGCACCAGGUCAGAGCUAGGUGCUUCUCCAGCGACGUACUUUGUUGUCGACAGCUUCAAUAUUCAUCGGUUAAUAAUCGCGGGAGUUACGUGCGCGAGCAAGUUCUUUUCGGACGUAUUUUAUACAAACUCUCGAUACGCAAAGGUUGGUGGUUUACCUCUUGCUGAGCUCAACCAUCUGGAACUUCAAUUCCUCCUCCUUAACGAUUUCCGUUUAUGCGUGCCCGUUGAAGACUUAGAAGCUUACGCUACGAUGCUUGUUGAGUUUUAUGCGCGUGAAGUUGUUGCCCAACGCUCGCGGCCUACGCCCGGAUCAGCGUAAACUCGACGACCUGAACCCCGUUUACGAUAUUUGACAGUCGCUUCAGAACACUAAUACAUACACACUAUACAUUCAACGACUAAUCAACGCACAUAAUACCUGCAUACCCCACCCUAGAUCAAACCAGA